AUGCGAGUUUUGGAUGGGAAAAUUUCGAAACUUGCUCAUGAUUCCGGGCAGGCCUAUACAAGAUCUCAACUCUUGGACAACCUCAAAUCUUUAAAAUUAAUAUCAGUUUCAAAAAGUUUGAGUUCGAUCUUUGGAUACUUAACUAGAGCAGGCAUGCUAGAAAACGGCCAGGCAGCAUUAGACAGCGGCACGAUGCAAAUGCAUGCGGCCGGUAGCAUAAGCGAACUUGUGGCAAAGAAAACUUCUUCAAUCGCCAUCAAUCCACACACGGUGCCCAACAACAGAGUUUGGAAACAAUCCGUUUCCUUUGGCAGGAAAAGUAGUUCAAACGAAAGUCAGUUUGCCGAGAGAACCUACAAAAACCUCGACGAGUUUCCGUUCCAGUUAAAAAUCCCUGAUGACGAUGAUGAGAAGUCGGACGAGGAGUGGGUCGAAGAAUUAAUGUUCCAGCAAACAAGCGAAUAG